AUGGCGCCGCCGCUGCUGCCGCUGCUGCUGGCCGCCGCCGCUGUCGCCGCGCUGCCCGGCUGGACCCGCGCGCUGGACGCCGCGCGCUCGCCCGGGCCGCCGCGGGGGCCGCCGGACGUGAGCCGCGACGCGGGGUCCCGGGGCUGCGCGAGGCUCGGGGGGCGCCCGCCGCCGCCGCCGCCGCUGCCCCGGGGCGCCCUGGGGGUCCCGCCGCGGUUGCGCGCGCCCGGCCCCACCGGCGCCCCCCGCGCGCGGCUCGGCUGCUGCCCCGCGGGGCGCGCGGCGCUCGCGGCGCUGACCGCCCGCAGGUGCCCGCCGCGCGCCGUCCGCCGGGGGUCUCCGCUGCCCCCGGCGGGGGCGGGGGCGGGGGCGGGCGCGGCGCGCAGGGCGCGGCGAGGCGCGGGCGGCCGCACCAGCCCGCAGUUCCCGCUGCCCAGCUACCAGGUGUCCGUGCCCGAGAACGAGCCGGCGGGCACGGCGGUCAUCGAGCUGCGCGCGCACGACCCCGACCCCGGCGACGCGGGCCGCCUGGCCUACCAGAUGGAGCCGCUCUUCGACGAGCGCUCGGGCGCCUACUUCACCAUCGACCCCGACACGGGCGCUGUGCGCACGGCGCGCCCGCUGGACCGCGAGACCCAGGACACGCACGUGCUCAAGGUCAGCGCCCUGGACCACGGCUCGCCGCGGCGCUCGGGGGCCACCUACCUCACCGUCACGGUCAGCGACACCAACGACCACGCGCCCGCCUUCGAGCAGGCCGAGUACCGCGAGCGCGUGCGCGAGAACCUGGAGCUGGGCGCCGAGGUGCUGACCAUCCGCGCCACUGACGGCGACGCGCCCGCCAACGCCGACCUGCGCUACCGCCUGCUGCGCGGCGCGCGCGGCGUCUUCGAGAUCGACGCGCGCUCGGGCGUGGUGCGCACCCGCGCCGCGCUGGACCGUGAGGAGGCGGCCGCCUACCAGCUGCUGGUGGAGGCCACCGACCAGGGCCGCAACCCGGGCCCGCUCAGCGCCACGGCUACCGUGCACAUCGCCGUGGAGGACGAGAACGACAACUACCCGCAGUUCAGCGAGCCGCGCUACGUGGUGCGCGUGCCCGAGGACGUGGCGGUCAACACGCCCGUGCUGCGCGUCCGGGCCACCGACCGCGACCAGGGCCGCAACGCCGCCGUCCACUACAGCAUCGUCAGCGGCAACCUCCGCGGCCAGUUCUACCUGCACUCGCUGAGCGGCAGCCUGGACGUCAUCAACCCGCUGGACUUCGAGGCCAUCCGCGAGUACACGCUGCGCGUCAAGGCGCAGGAUGGCGGCCGCCCGCCGCUCAUCAACUCCUCGGGGCUGGUGUCCGUGCAGGUGCUGGACGUGAACGACAACGCGCCCAUCUUCGUCAGCAGCCCCUUCCAGGCGGCCGUGCUGGAGAACGCGCCCCUCGGCCACUCCGUGCUGCACAUCCAGGCGGUGGACGCCGACUCGGGCGAGAACGCGCGCCUGCGCUACCGCCUGGUGGGCACGGCCUCCUCGGGCGCGCGCGACCCCGCCGGCCCGGACGCCCCCGCCGCCGCCGGCGGCGGCGCCUCGGACUUCCCCUUCCAGAUCCACAACAGCUCGGGCUGGAUCACCGUGUGCGCCGAGCUGGACCGCGAGGCCGUGGAGCACUACAGCUUCGCGGUGGAGGCGGUGGACCACGGGUCGCCGCCCAUGAGCGCCUCGGCCAGCGUGUCCGUCACCGUGCUGGACGUGAACGACAACGACCCCGCCUUCACGCAGCCCGCCUACGAGCUGCGGCUGAACGAGGACGCGGCGGUGGGCAGCAGCGUGCUGACCCUGCGGGCCGUGGACCGGGACGCCAACAGCGUCAUCACCUACCAGCUCACGGGCGGGAACACGCGCAACCGCUUCGCGCUGAGCAGCCAGAGCGGCGGCGGCCUCAUCACGCUGGCGCUGCCGCUGGACUACAAGCAGGAGCGCCAGUACGUGCUGUCCGUCACCGCGUCCGACGGCACGCGCGCGCACACGGCGCAGGUCUUCAUCAACGUCACCGACGCCAACACGCACCGACCUGUGUUCCAGAGCUCCCACUACACGGUGAGCGUGAGCGAGGACCGCCCGGCCGGCACCGCCAUCGCCACCAUCGGCGCCACCGACGAGGACACGGGCGAGAACGCCCGCAUCACCUACGUGCUGGAGGACCCCGUGCCCCAGUUCCGCAUCGACCCCGACUCAGGCACCGUCUACACCACGGCCGAGCUGGACUACGAGGACCAGGCGGCGUACACGCUGGCCAUCACAGCCCGGGACAACGGCAUCCCCCAGAAGUCGGACACCACGUCGCUGGAGGUCCUGGUGCUGGACGCCAACGACAAUGCCCCCCACUUCCUGCGCGACCUCUACCAGGGCUCCGUGCUGGAGGACGCGCCGCCGUCCACCAGCGUCCUGCAGGUGUCUGCCAGCGACCGCGACUCGGGCCCCAACGGCCGCCUGCUCUACACCUUCCAGGGCGGGGACGACGGGGACGGCGACUUCUACAUCGAGCCCACGUCCGGCGUGAUCCGCACCCAGCGCCGGCUGGACCGGGAGAACGUGGCCGUGUACCGCCUGCGGGCCCUGGCGGUGGACCGGGGCAGCCCGGCACCCCUCAGCGCCUCGGUGGACGUCCAGGUGACCGUGCUGGACAUCAACGACAACCCGCCCGUGUUCGACCGGGACGAGCUGGAGCUGUGGGUGGAGGAGAACAGCCCGGUGGGCUCGGUGGUGGCGCGCAUCCGAGCCCAGGACCCCGACGAGGGCGCCAACGCCCAGAUCAUGUACCAGAUCGUGGAGGGCAACGCACCCGAGGUCUUCCAGCUGGACCUGCUGAGCGGGGAGCUGCGGGCGCUGGCCGACCUGGACUUCGAGGCGCGGCAGGAGUACGUGCUGGUGGUGCAGGCCACCUCGGCCCCCCUGGUGAGCCGGGCCACUGUGCGCGUGCGCCUGUUGGACCAGAACGACAACCCGCCCCUGCUGCCCGACUUCCAGAUCCUCUUCAACAACUACGUCAGCAACAGGUCCAGCAGCUUCCCCACGGGGGUCAUCGGCCGCGUGCCCGCGCACGACCCCGACCUCUCCGACCGCCUCUCCUAUGCCUUCCUGCGGGGCAACGAGCUGCAGCUGCUGCUGCUGGACGCGGCCACAGGGGAGCUGCAGCUCAGCAGGGACCUGGACAACAACCGGCCCCUCGAGGCGCUCAUGGAGGUGUCCGUGUCCGACGGCGUCCACAGCGUGGUGGCCCUGUGCACGCUGCGCGUGACGGUCAUCACGGACGCCAUGCUGAGCAGCAGCAUCACGGUGCGGCUGCAGGGCAUGUCCCAGGAGCGCUUCCUGUCCCCGCUGCUGGCGCUGUUCGUGGAGGGCGUGGCCACGGUGCUGUCCACGGCCAGGGACCACGUCUUCGUCUUCAACAUCCAGAACGACACGGACGUGCGCGCCAGCAUCCUGAACGUGACCUUCUCGGCGCUGCUGCCGGGGGGCGGGCGCGAGCGCUUCUUUGCCUCCGAGGACCUGCAGGAGCGCAUCUACCUGAACCGCUCGCUGCUGGCCGCCGUGUCCGCCCAGCGCGUGCUGCCCUUCGACGACAACAUCUGCCUGCGCGAGCCCUGCGAGAACUACAUGAAGUGCGUGUCCGUGCUGCGCUUCGACAGCUCCGCGCCCUUCCUCAGCUCCGCCACAGUGCUCUUCCGGCCCAUCCACCCGGUCACGGGGCUGCGCUGCCGCUGCCCGCCCGGCUUCACCGGCGACUACUGCGAGACUGAGAUCGACCUGUGCUACUCCAGCCCCUGCGGGCCGCACGGCCGCUGCCGCCGGCGAGAGGGCGGCUACGCCUGCGAGUGUCUGCAGGGCUACACAGGAGAGCACUGUGAGGUGAGCAUGCACUCGGGGCGCUGUGCCAGCGGCGUGUGCAGGAACGGGGGCACCUGCGUGAACCUGCUCAUUGGCGGCUUCCACUGCGUGUGUCCCCCCGGCGCCUACGAGCCGCCCUACUGUGAGGUGACCACCCGCAGCUUCCCGGCCGGCUCCUUUGUCACCUUCCGCGGCCUGCGCCAGCGCUUCCGCUUCUCUGUCUCCCUCACGUUUGCCACCCAGGAGCAGAACGCGCUGCUGCUCUACAACGGCCGCUUCAACGAGAAGCACGACUUCAUCGCGCUGGAGAUCGUGGGCGCGCAGCUGCAGCUCACCUUUUCGGCAGGAGAGACCACCACCACCGUGGCACCUGAGGUUCCUGGGGGUGUGAGUGACGGCCGGUGGCAUUCGGUGCUGGUGCAGUACUACAACAAGCCCCACAUCGGCCGCCUGGGCCUGCCCCACGGGCCGUCGGGAGAGAAGGUGGCCGUGGUGUCCGUGGACGACUGUGACACGGCCGUGGCCGUGCGCUUCGGCCGCCUCGUCGGCAACUACAGCUGCGCGGCGCAGGGCACGCAGAGCGGCUCCAAGAAGUCGCUGGACCUGACGGGCCCGCUGCUCCUCGGGGGGGUCCCCAACCUGCCCGAAGAUUUCCCUGUGCACAACCGGCAGUUCGUGGGCUGCAUGCGGGACCUGGUGGUGGACGGCCAGCGGGUGGACAUGGCCAGCUUCAUCGCCAACAAUGGCACCAGCGCAGGCUGUGCGGCCCGCAGGGACUUCUGCGAGGGGAGCUGGUGCCAGAACGGGGGCACCUGUGUGAGCAGGUGGGGCACCUACCUGUGUGCCUGCCCCCUGCGCUUCGGCGGGAAGAACUGCGAGCAAGCGAUGCCGCACCCCCAGCACUUCAGCGGGGACAGCGUGGUGGCCUGGAGAGACCUGGACGUGACGGUGUCGGUGCCCUGGUUCCUGGGGCUCAUGUUCCGGACCCGCAGGGACGGGGUCCUGCUGGACGCCACGGCGGGCACGUCCUCCCGGCUCCUGCUGCAGAUCCUGGACAACCAUGUCCACUUCGAAGUGUCCCACGGCUCCGCGGAGGUGACGUCCAUGCAGCUGGCCCGGUCGCGAGUGACGGAUGGAGAGUGGCGCCACCUGCUGGUGGAGCUGCGGAGCGCCAAGGAGGGCAAAGACAUCAAGUAUCUGGCCGUGGUGACCUUGGACUACGGCAUGGAGCAGGGCGCCCUUCAGAUCGGCAACCAGCUGCCGGGGCUGAAGAUGAGGCGCGUGGUCGUGGGGGGCGUGUCCGAGGACCAGCUGUCCGUGCGCCAGGGAUUCCGGGGCUGCAUGCAGGGGGUGAGGAUGGGGGAGACGGCCACCAACCUGGCCACCCUGAACAUGAAGGACGCCAUCAAGGUCGGGGUGAAGGACGGCUGCGACCCCGCUGACCCCUGCAGCUCCAGCCCGUGCCCCCCGCACAGCCGCUGCCACGACGUGUGGGACAGCUACGCGUGUGUGUGCGACCGAGGGUACUUUGGGGACAAGUGUGUGGACGUGUGUGAACUGAACCCCUGCGAGAACGUGGCCGCCUGUGUGCGCACGCCCAGCGCCCCGCAGGGCUACGUGUGCGAGUGUGGGAGCAGCCACCGGGGGCGCUAUUGCGAGAACAGGAUCGACCUGCCCUGCCCCCGAGGCUGGUGGGGGAACCCCGUGUGCGGGCCGUGCCUCUGUGCCGUGGACAAGGGCUUCGACCCCGACUGCAACAAGACCAGCGGGCUGUGCCAGUGCAAGGAGAACCACUACCGGCCGCCAGAGCAGGACGCGUGCCUGCCGUGCGAGUGCUUCCCCGCGGGCUCACACAGCCGCGCCUGCCACGGCCACACGGGCCAGUGCGCCUGCAAGCCGGGCGUCGUGGGCCGCCAGUGCAACCGCUGUGACAACCCUUUCGCCGAGGUCACCCCGCGCGGCUGUGAGGUCAUCUACAACGGCUGCCCCCGGGCGUUCGAGGCUGGCAUCUGGUGGCCGCAGACCAAGUUUGGGCAGCCAGCGGCGGUGCCGUGCCCCAAGGGAUCUGUGGGAAACGCCGUGCGGCACUGCAGCGGGGACCGGGGCUGGUUGCCCCCCGAGCUCUUCAACUGCACCAGCAGCGCCUUCGUGGAGCUCAAGGCCAUGAACGAGAAGCUGAGCCGCAACGAGACGCAGAUGAACAGUGCCAGGGCCCUGCAGCUGGCGCGGGCGCUGCACAACGCCACGCGGCACACGGCCGCGCUCCUGGGGGACGACGUCCGCACGGCCUACCAGCUGCUGGCCCGCGUGCUGCAGCACCAGAGCGGCCGGCAGGGCUUCGAGCUGGCCGCCACGCAGGACGCCCGCUUCCACGAGGACGUGGUGCAGACGGGCAGCGCCCUCCUGGCGCCCGACACCCGGGCGUCGUGGGAGCAGAUCCACCGCGUGGAGGCGGGCGCGGGCCAGCUGCUGCGCCACUUCGAGGCCUACUUCAGCACCGUGGCCCGCAAUGUGCGCCGGACAUACCUCAGGCCCUUCGUCCUGGUCACCCCCAACAUGAUCCUGGCCGUGGACGUCUUCGACAAGCUCAACUUCUCGGGUGCCCGGGUGCCACGGCUCGACGGGGCCGGCCAGGACGUGCCACAGGGCCUGGCGUCCUUCGCCGUCUUCCCGGCCGACUUCUUCACGGCGCCCGCGAGGAGAGAGGGUCCGACCACGAGGCCCGCCGGCAGGAGGGACGUGUCCCCACAGACGGCGCGCCCGGGGCCCGGCGCCGAGCCCGAGACCCCCCCUGGGCGGCAGAGGAGACACCCGGAGGAGCCCGGCCAGUUCGCCGUGGGCCUGGUCAUCGUCUACCGGACACUGGGCCAGCUCCUGCCCGAGCAGUACGACCCCGACCGCCGCAGCCUGCGGCUGCCCAACCGGCCGGUCAUCAACACGCCGCUGGUGAGCGCCAUGGUGCACAGCGAGGGUGGCCUGUGGCCGCUGGACAGGCCCCUGCUGCUGGACUUCGCCCUUCUGGAGACCGAGGCCCGCACCAAGCCCGUCUGUGUGUUCUGGAACCACUCGGUCACGGCCACCGGGGGCUGGUCGGCCCGGGGCUGUGAGCUGCUGUCCCGGAACCGGACACACGUCACCUGCCGCUGUGGGCACGCCGCAGGCUCCGCGGUGCUCAUGGACAUCUCCAGGCGCGAGCACGGGGAGGUGCUGCCCCUGCGGGUGGUCACCUACGCGGCCGUAGCCCUGUCGCUGGCCGCCCUGCUGCUGGCCUUCGUCCUGCUGCUGCUGGCCCGCGCACUGCGCUCCGUCCUGCUCGGCAUCCACAGGAACCUCGUCGUGGCGCUUUUCUUCUCGCAGCUGGUGUUCGUGGUGGGGAUCACGCAGACCCAGAACCCGUUCCUAUGCACCAUCAUCGCCAUCCUGCUGCACUUCGUGCACAUGAGCGCCUUCGCCUGGACACUGGUGGAGAGCCUGCACGUGUACCGCAUGCUCACUGAGGCCCGCAACAUAGAUGCGGGGCCCAUGCGCUUCUACUACGUCGUGGGCUGGGGCCUCCCGGCCAUCAUCACGGGCCUGGCGGUGGGCCUGGACCCCCAGGGCUACGGGAACCCCGACUUCUGCUGGCUCUCCCUGCGGGACACCCUCAUCUGGAGCUUCGUGGGGCCCGUCGGCGCCGUCAUCAUCGUGAACUCGGUCCUCCUGGUGCUCUCCACCCGCGUCUCUUGCCAGAGGAAGCGCCAGUACUACGAGCGGAAAGGGGUCGUCGCCCUGCUCAGGUCUGCCUUCCUCCUGCUGCUGCUGGUCAGCGCGGCCUGGCUGCUGGGCCUCGUGGCCGUCAACAGCGACAUGCUGGCCUGCCACUACCUCUUCGCCAUCUUCAGCUGCCUGCAGGGUGUCUCCGUGCUCCUGUUCCACUGCGUGCUCAACGCGGACGUGCGCCGCCACCUGAAGGGGGCGCUGUCCGGGAGGAAGCUGCACCCCGAUGACUCGGCCGCCACCAAGGCCACACUGCUGACGCGCUCCCUCAACUGCAACAACACGUACAGCGAGGAGCCCAACGUGCUGCGCACGGCCCUGGGCGAGUCCACCGCCUCCCUGGACAGCACCGGCAGGGACGAGGGCGGCACGAAGCUCAGCGCGCCCGGCGGGGGGCUGGACGCGCCCCUGGUGGCCCGCGGCGCCAAGAAGGCCCAGGGCCACAACUCGGAGUCGGACAGUGAGUCGUCCCUGGACGAGCACAGCAGCUCCUACGCGUCCUCGCCCUCCUCGGACAGCGACGACGACGGGCCGGGGGACGAGGCCCCGCGGGGCCCCCUGCACAGCACCCCCAAAGUGGACGCCGUGGCCAACCACGUGGCCGCCGGCUGGCCGGACGGGAGCCUGGGCGGGAGCGACAGCGAGGACGCGGGCGAGCGGCCGUGCCUGCGCGUGGAGACGCGGGUCAGCGUGGAGCUGCACCCCGAGGGCGCGCCCCCCGCCCGGCCCCCGGAGCAGAGGAAAGGCAUCCUGAAGAACAAGGCCACGUACCCGCCGCCGCUCAGCGAGGCGCCGCUGCGGGCCCGGCUGCGCGGGAAGCUGCCCGGGAGUCCCGCGUCCUCCCGCGCGCCCUCCCCCGGCCCUGCCGCCGGACCCGGACCCGCGGCCGCCAAGGACCCGGGCGCGGACCCAGGGCGCGAGCACCUCAACGGGGCGGCCAUGAGCGUGCGUGCGGGCAGCGCCCAGGCCCGUGGCUCGGGGUCCGAAGGCAGUAACGAAACGUCGAUUUGAACCAUCAGGAAGGUGUGAAGCCGCCUCGUCCCACAGACCUCAGCCCGCUCCGGACAGGAGCCCCCCCGGCCCCCCCCACGCUCAGCGCCAGGUGGGCUGUGCGACAGGUGCCAAAGGCCGCAGCCGAGAGGGCCGGGACAGCGAGCCGUGUCCAGGGCUGGCCGGCCCAGAGGCCCCAUGGUCAGUGCAGGAGGAGCCGAUGGCCGGGCUGGCCGGCGCGUGGGCAUCCCCGGCCCCUGGACAGCGUUCUGCAAAGCUGCCACGCCACGGGGGCUGGUCCUGAGACCCCAGGACCCGCAGGACACCGAGCACUGGUCCUCGCAGAGGGAGGACGGGCCCCUGCCCGCGGUCGGGCCGACGCCAGUAGGUGGCCGGGUCGGGACCUGCGGGAUCACAGGAAGACACUGUUCCGAGGUGCCGUGAGCGGGGUUGGCAGAGCCUGCGGGCCACGCCCAGCCGCCCCUCGCUAGGGCCUCCCUGGCACCCUCCCAGCCGGCGUCCCCCGCCCCUCCUGCUCGGGCAGGCCGGGUGCCAGCCGCCGUCGGACCAAUGGCGGCGUUCUGCUCCAGAUGGCCAUUGUGAGAGGGACACAGCCGCGGCCACUCUCAAUGGCCCCCACACUGCCUGGGGCCACUCGGAGGAGCUGCAGCCGCCCCGUGUGGACAGCCGGUGUGGCCACAGGGCAGUGGCUGGGUGCCCAGACGCUGCCAAUGUCUCAUUUCAGGCGUCCCUUUGUGCUGGGUGGCGAGGCCUUAGGGCUGUGGGUGGGGCCCCAGGCGCAGCUACGGGAGGGGCCUGGGGCUGUCCAGGGGGCUGUUCUCGGUGCUCACCACCCAGACGGGCUUUGGGCCGAGACAGGCCCAGUGCUGACCCCGGUGCUGGCCGGGCCCCCAGGAGACACUGGAGGCAUCUAGCCAACGUGUAUUUAUUGCUGUUCCCAACACUGGAGCCCCGAGUCUGCAAUAAACGAAGCCACGAACGCCUCGGCCGUGCAGAAACUGUUCCCUCCACCCCGCGCGGCCGGGCGGGGCCCUCGCCUGGCCCCGGCAGCAGCAGUGCUCCAGAGUGUGUGUCCUGUGGUCACCAUGUCUGCAUCCCGACACGUCCCCCUCGUUCCCCACCCAGCCUGCUCACUCCGUGGGUCUUGACCCACGUGGCUGCACACGUGGGCUGAGGGCUCCGCUGCCAGCACGGUCUGGUCUGUGCACAUGUAUGUGGCCUAUGGCAUGCUCGCCUGUGAGCCAACUGGCCUGUCUGGCCGUCCCUGACCCCGGUGACCCUGGGGCCUGGCAUGUCCCCUCCUGGGGGUCUGGGCCUGACGACACUGACCCCACCUGUGGCCCCGAGGGCGAUUAGCAGAGCCACCCCCAGGCCCUCGUGUGAAAACAAGCCCGGCCGUGCUCGCCUCUCCUCUGUGCCUGAGUCGGGGGCAGGCUGGGUGACUGCCCACCCGUCUCCAGGCCGCUGGGCUGCAGGUGCCCCUGGAGCAGGUCAGCCCCGCUGCAGGCCAGCCGGCA